AUGAGUCUUAGAAAUGUGGCAUUCGGAUUAAGUGGUAUUGGCAUUGGUACUGGUUUUGCCUCAUUUUUUUUUGGAAAAUCAUCACCAUCGUCAUCUCAAGUUCAAACGCCGUCGUCUUCACAAACUGUUGGGUUUCCUAAAGGUCCAAAUGGAACCAUAAACGCAGUAGGAUCAGAUAUCAAUCCUUCUGAGUUUUUUAGGUAUGGGUUUCCAGGGCCCGUUGCUGACGUCGAGAGUAGAGAAGAAUUCAUCUCUUGUUACAAUAGACAGACUAGAAACCCUCAUUGGGUGGUCGAACAUAUAACGAAAGAAUCUCUUGCAGCUAAGAAUGGGGAUAGGAAAAACUCCUAUUUCAUUGAAGACGAAAAAAUACCAGAAAUAUUUAGGGGAAGGCUCAGAGAUUAUUUUAGAUCUGGUUAUGACAGAGGCCAUCAAGCACCCGCAGCAAAUGCCAAAUUUUCUCAGAAUGCGAUGAACGAAACUUUCUAUUUGACAAAUAUGUGCCCACAAGUUGGCGAAGGCUUUAAUAGAGAUUAUUGGGCCCAUUUAGAGUAUUUUUGUCGACAGUUGACUGAAAGUUACAAUAGUGUUCGAAUUGUAACGGGUCCACUUUAUUUACCAAAAGUGGACCCCGUUGAUGGUAAAACUAAAGUGUGUUAUGAAGUCAUUGGUACUCCGCCGAAUAUUGCUGUGCCUACCCAUUUUUUCAAGUUGAUUGUUGGUGAAAAACCGGUCAAGAAUCCUAGUUCGGAAAGUAUAUCUAUUGCAGCCUUUGUUCUUCCUAACAAACCAAUUUCGAAUGAAACAAAGUUGACCGAUUUUGAGAUACCUGUUGAUGCGCUAGAGAGGAGUGCAGGCCUUCAGUUUUUUCAAAAGGUUCCUGAAAAUAGAAAGAAACCUCUUUGUAAAGAAGUUAGAUGUCAAAUUACUGUUAGAGAAUUUCAAAAAGCCCUACCACCUCCAAAAUCUUUACCGUCUCUUCCAGCUCCCAAAUAA